GACUAUCACCGUGUCUACGGCCAUAACACAGAAGACUGUCAAAGUCUAAAGGACGAGCUCGAAUUCUUGGCUCGCAAUGGAAAAUUGGAGGGCUCUGUACUCAUUUGAGCCGAACAGGGCAUACAGGGGACGCCCGUUUAAUAGGCGUGGGCAAGGACAGAAAGCACCUGCGCAGAACCAAAAAGACCAUAGAGGAGUCGGGUACGGUGGAAUACCCCCGCCAUCUGGCACAAUCAACCUGAUCUUUGGUGGUAUUCACUCUGGGGGCCAGAGUGCCCGAGCCCGCAAGGCAUAUGCCCGCCAGGUGAUGACGGUCAACAAAAACAGGCCCUUGAAGCGGUCGUUCGAGGAGGCAGAGUGGGAGAAUGCAGCUAUCACAUUCAGCCCAGCAGAUUAUAGACGAGCAGAUGGGGAACCCGACGUUAUGAUGCCUCACGCAGAUCCAUUUGUAGCAGCAGUCCAUAUAGGUAAUCAUAAUGUCAACAAGGUCUUUAUUGACACGGGUAGCUCGCCCGAUAUUCUUUACUGGAGCUGCUUCCAGAAAAUGCAAUUGAACCCGAGCUCGCUGCAAAAAUAUGAAGGACCCAUCUAUGGGUUUGAUAAUCAACCCGUCCCGGUGGAAGGGGUUAUAACUCUACCCAUCUAUGUGGGCUCAGAGCCGCGCUUCAGGAUGGCUUCAGUCAGCUUUUUGGUCGUCAAAAUGGAGUCAGCAUUCAACGCCAUAUUAGGAAGGGCUACUCUAUGCGAGCUGAAGGCUGUCAUUUCACAGCCCCAUCUAUGCAUGAAAUUCCCAACGCCUCAGGGGGUAGGGGUGCUAAAGGGGAAUCAGAGAAUGGCCAGGGCAUGUUAUCAGGACACGUUUAAGAAGGUUGAGCUCGCUGUAGCCCUUGGAAGCUCCGAAAGUAGUAGGCCGACUCAGCCCGACCAGCAGACAAUGAGCAUAUCGGACAUUGAGCAUAGACCUGAGGGCGUCGAACAGAAAGCAGAGCCAGUAGAGCCAGUAGAAACUGUUCCUCUAAACCCUGAUGUGCCGGAAAGAACAGUCAAGAUCGGCACCAAGCUCACAAAGGAAGAACGAGGAGAGCUCCUGGAGUUUUUGAGGGUCAAUCAAGAUGUGUUCGUGUGGACUACUGAUGAAAUGCCUGGUGUCCCAGCAGAGCUGACGGUCCACAAGCUCAGCACGGACCCCACCCGAAGGCCGGUGGUGCAGAAACGUCGCCUUUUUGGCCCUGAGAAGCAAGCUGCCAUAGAUGAAGAGAUACAAAAGCUGUUACAAGCAGGCUUCAUCAGGAGAGUGGAGUACUCUGAAUGGGUGUCCAACCCUGUACUCGUCAAAAAGCCAAACGGCAAGUGGAGGAUGUGUAUUGACUUCACCAACCUCAAUGAUGCGUGUCCAAAAGACCCUCAUCCCUUGCCAAAUGUCGAGAAGUUAGUUGAGCGGGCGGCUGGGCAUGAACGGAUGAGUUUUCUUGACGCCAGCUCGGGCUAUCACCAGGUUCAGUUGCUGUUGGACGACCAGGAGAAAACAGCUUUCUACGCGGGGGACACUAUCUAUUGCUAUGUGAUGAUGCCAUUCGGCUUGAAAAAUGCGGGCGCUACAUACCAGAAGCUGGUACAGAUCGUCUUCAAGCUCCAGAUUGGCAGAAACAUAGAAGUGUAUGUGGAUGACAUGAUAGUCACCAGCGUGCGAGCUGAGGACCAUAUAGACGAUCUGAGCGAGACCUUUCAGAAUUUGCGCCGAGCCCAAAUGAAGCUGAACCCUCUGAAGUGCACGUUCGCUGUAGAAUCAGGAAAAUUCCUAGGAUACGUGGUAUCCAAGAAAGGAAUUGAAGUGAAUCCAGAGAAGGUUCUGGCCGUUCAACAGAUGGAGCCUCCCAAGACUGUAAAGGAUGUGCAACGCCUGACAGGUAGGGUAGCUGCGUUGCACAGAUUCAUAGCCAGGUCGGCCGAAAGAUGCCUGCCGUUUUUCAAAACCCUGCGAGAGCCCAAACACUUUCAAUGGAUUGACGAGUGUCAGCAGGCGUUUGACGAGCUUAAGCAGUUUCUAGCAUCUGCACCCCUGCUGUCUAAGCCUGUGGAAGGGGAGAGUCUAUACCUAUAUAUCGGGGUUGCAAGAGAGGCAGUGAGCUCCGUUUUACUCAGGGAGGAGAAUAAGAAUCAAAAGCCCAUCUGCUACGUGAGCAAGGUUUUACAAGGUGCAGAGCAGAACUAUCCAUUAGCAGAAAAGGCGGCAUUCGCCCUGGUGUACACAGCUCGUCGGCUUGUUGGAUGGAGCAUCGAGCUGAGUGAAUAUGACCUCAAAUUCCAGCCGCGCACAACCAUAAAAGGCCAGGCCAUCGCGGACUUUCUGGUGGAAUGCAUCUCAGCGACAAAGGAAGCAAAACUGCCUAAACACCCUGUCUGGGUUUUAUAUGUUGAUGGAGCGGCUAACAUGGAGGGAUUAGGUGCUGGAGCUGUGUUAGUGGGCCCAGAUGGCUUUAGGUCUGAGCAUGCACUAAGGUUUAAGUUUCAGAUGACUAAUAACGCUGCUGAGUAUGAAGCCCUCAUCUAUGGUUUGAAACUGGCGUCCGAGCUGAAGGUACAAAGCAUACAAGUUUUUAGUGAUUCUCAGCUCGUGGUGGGCCAGGUAAAUGGCAGCUGCGAAGUUAGGGAUCCCCAGCUUGGCCGAUACACCUCUGUGGUCAACAGAUUGAAGUCAAAAUUUGCUUCAUUUCAGAUCGAGAAAAUACCAAGAGCUGACAAUCGCCGAGCUGACGAGCUAUCAAAGUUGGCCUCCUCGCAGGACUUUAGCCCUCAGAGGUCAACCAUCGUCGAAGUGCUGGACGCCCCGAGCUACACUGAUUUCACGGUCGAGUGUCAGCUACUAAGCACAGAUCCCUCCACGCCGAGCUGGACCACCCCACUUAUAAAUUAUCUGCAAAGUGGCGAGCUACCUGAAGAUCUGUCUGCUGCAAGAUUGGUUAAACGAAGGGCAGCACAUUUCACUUUGUUAGAUGACCAGCUCUACAAACGAGCAGCCUCUAUGCCCCUAUUGCGCUGUCUCUCUCCUUAUGAAGCUGAGUACGCUGUGAGAGAAAUUCAUGAAGGAGUGUGCGGCACGCACAUCGGAGGCAAAACCUUAGCUCGGAAGCUCCUGAGGCAUGGGUAUUACUGGCCAACUAUGGUUGAGGAUGCACAGAACUAUGUCAAAAAGUGCCCGACCUGCCAGUUCAACGCUGAUGAUAUUCACAUGCCAGGGGAAAUGCUCUCAUCACUCUCAUCUCCCUGGCCUUUUGCCCAAUGGGGAGUCGACCUGCUCGGCCCUUUCAUCAAAGGCAAAGGAGGCUGCACUUUCCUGGUCGUUGCAGUGGAUUACUUCACUAAGUGGAUAGAAGCUAAACCAUUAUCCACGACAACAGAAAGGAAAAUAGAAGAAUUCUUGUUCAAUUCAAUAUUGUGCAGCUCGGCCACGGGCGAAACUCCGUUCAGCCUGGCAUAUGGAGCUGAGGCCGUCAUCCCUGUCGAAGUCGGUCUGCCAUCUGUUAGAUCAGAUCGUCAAGACGAUCAGAAUAAUGGGCAACUCCUAAGAGAAAACCUAGACCUAGUGGAGGAAGUCAGGGAAAUGGCUCGAAUUAGGAACAUGGCACACCAAAGCCGUGUGGCAAAGUUUUAUAACAAGAGGGUGCGAGCUCGACAGUUUCAGGUCGGCGAUCUGGUUCUACGCAAAGCUGGAUUAACCAAUGCCUAUUCGCAUAUGGGCAAGCUCGCCCCUAAUUGGGAAGGCCCUUAUAUGGUUAUUGAUAUUAAACGACCUGGGUGUUAUCAACUAGCAGAUUUACAAGGUCAUCCGUUGUCGUUCAUCUGGAACAUACAUAAUCUUAGAAAGUUCUACAGUUAGCGUGUAUGUUAUGAAUGUUCAGGUCGUUAUUGAUCAUUUGUAAAUAGUGAUAUACUAAACAUUCAGCACAUAAACAUUGAAGCAAAAGAUUCGGAUUUGUAUUUCAUCAAUGAAAUUUUACAUGAGUG